AUGUUUCCCAUCAACAUGGAGAACUCCAACUGGGAAAGCCUUUCUGAGAUGGAUCCGGAUUUCAAAACAUUCUACGAUAAAGUUGGCCCAGCUGCCAAGCUGAGCGAUGCCGCAGACAUCCCAAUCUCGACAGUCCGCAAAAUGAGCACAGCUUUCUUCACGCCGGUACCUGGUGUGAAUGUGCCUACGACCAUGGAGGGAGUCGUGAAGAGCCAGAUUUCAAUUCCUGUGAGGGACGGGAGCGCCAUCGGCGCCGUUGUGUACCAGCCAGCAAAGCUGUGCUCGCAAGGUCAUGGUGGUCCGCUGAUCGUCGCUUAUCAUGGUGGGGGUUGGUGUAUGGGUGCUCCAGCGUCGGAGGAAGUCAACUGCGUCAACGCCGUUCAACGCUUCGGCGCCGUUUGCGUGAGCGUGGACUACCGCCUGGCUCCUGAACAUCCGUUCCCCACACCGAUCAACGAUUCCUGGGACGCGCUGAAAUGGCUCGCUGCCAACGCGUCUCAGCUUGGUGCCGAUCCUUCUCGUGGUUUCAUCGUUCACGGCGAGUCAGCUGGGGGAAAUUUUGCAGUCAUUCUUGCGCUUCUCGCUCGGGACGAGAACCUUAGCCCUCCGCUCACGGGCAUCUCGGCUUCUAUCCCAGCAGUUUUGGCAAAGGAGGCUGUUCCAGAGAGGUUCAAGGCGGAGUAUUUGAGCUUGGACCAAAACAAGGAUGCACCAGGGCUGGAUGCCACAGCACUGGAAUACCUCAUCGGAAUUUACAACCCAGAAAGAACAUCUCCGCUCUUCAGCCCCUUCAUCUGGCCUACUGGACACAAAGGGCUCCCUCCAACAGUCAUCUAUGCGUGCGGCAUGGACCCCCUGCGGGACGAGGCUUUGCUGUACGAAAGGCUUAUCCGAACCGAGUAUGAAGUUCGCACGAAGCUCGUAAUCUAUCCUGGCCUGCCUCACGCCUUCUGGUCCUUCUUCCCCAGCCUUGAGGCUUCGAAAAAGGCGGUGGCCGACAUUACAGAAGGGUUCGGCUGGCUGCUUCAAGGCUGA